CUAAAAUGAAGUCUGAGAAAAAAUCCACAUCUUCGGCAAACAAAAAACAUCCUCAUUCUAUUCCAACAAAUCAAUUACAAAAUUCCACAGAAUCUCCUGAACAUAUUUUGCCAGCAACUUCAGCUGCUCCAUUAACUAGUAGAAAAUCAUCGAGGCUACAACAGCAACAACAAAAACAAAUGUUUAAUGAGGCUGCAGUUCGAAAUAAUUUUUAUGUAUUAGAACAAAGCAGAACUUGUCAAUCGGCCGUUUCUGGAAUAGCCAGUGGAAUUCUUGGCCUUACCGGAAUUAUGGGAUUUGUCUUUUAUUUUGUUUGUGUCCUCAUUCAGGCUCUUAUUUGGGACUAUAAGGCUGGUUUUCAAUGGACCUCAUUUUUCACAAAACGAUCACUUUUGUUUGGACAUUCUUUGAUCGGCGGACUUUUCACUUAUGUGCUCUUUUGGGUUUUUGUUUAUGGAUUAGUCCAUGUUUAUUGA